UGCUUCUCUUCUUCUCAUCAGCAACUAAAACCUAAACCCCUACUACUGCCUCUUAUUUCCCUCUGUCUCUCUCCCCCCUCCCUCUCUGUUCCGUGGUUGGCUCGCUCCGGCGGCUUUUCUACGUUCAUUACUCGUGUGAAAGAUAUUUUGCAGGUGUGGUUGUCGUGCCUCUUAUCACUGUCAUGCAUAGUUUUUGCUUGUAUUGAAGAGGUCAACCGCCAACUGCCCUUGUUCAAUUCUUGCAGUUUCUCAAUAUGAUUGCGGCUGAAACCAAGACCAUUCAGCCCCAAGACCAUUCAUCCAUGGCAAUGACCAACCCAAAUCCACCUCCAAUAACCUCUAGGGUCAGCCCCAAGACCAUUCACAAAGCCGUGAACGCACUCCUGAAAUGGAGAAACUCCAAGUCAGAAACCCAAAAGCCCCAGCUCCUGGAACACGAGGAAUACCUCUACCUUAUACUCACCCUCAAGAAAAUCCCUUCCCAGUCUCGCAUGAACCCACACAAGAUCCCACUCCCACAUGCCCUCCACUCCCCCCACCUCUCGCAAGAGCUUUGCCUCAUUGUUGACGAUCGCCCCCACUCCAAUCUCAACAAAGCCUCAGCCAAAUCCAAGAUCGAAUCUGAGCAAAUACCCGUCUCCAAGGUCAUCAAGUUGUCCAAGCUCAAAUCGGACUAUCGCCCGUUUGAGGCAAAGAGGAAGUUGUGUGAUUCGUACGACAUGUUCUUUACGGACAAGCGGAUUGUGCCGCUCUUACCUGGGUUGUUGGGGAAGCACUUUUAUAAGAAGAAGAAGAUUCCGGUGCCAGUGGACUUGAAGCACAAGAAUUGGAAGGAGCAGAUUGAGAAGGCCUGCUCUUCAGCCCUGUUGUUCUUGAAGACGGGGACUUGUAGUGUGGUGAAGGUGGCAAGGGUGAGUAUGGAGGAGGAGGAGAUUGUGGAGAAUGUGGUGGCUGCGAUCAAUGGGAUUGCAGAGAUUGUGCCCCGGAAGUGGGGGGGUGUGAGGUCGUUGCAUCUGAAGCUGCUGGAGUCAUUGGCGUUGCCACUGUACCAGGCGGUGCCGGAUGUGAGGUUGAGGAUUGAGGGGGUGAAGGAAGAGGAGAAGGGAGAGGGUGAAGUGGUUGGUGAGGAUGAGGGGAAGAAAGGUGAGAAAGUGGGGAAGAAGGGUGAAAAAGUGGGGAAAAAGAGGGGGAGGAUUCAUGAAGUGAGGUACAUGGACGGAGUGUUGGAUGAGGAUGAAAUGGGCACCACCAAUGAGAUUGAAGGCGGGGAUGUUGGUGAAGGUGAGGAUAGUGAGAAUGGUGAAAUUGGUAGUAGUGGUGAAUUGGGGAGUAAGAAGAGGAAAAAGGGAGAUAAGGCUGAAGAAAGGAUUUCUAGGGAGUCAAAACACGUGAAGAAGCUGGGUAAGUUGAAGAAUAAAGAUGGUCUUACACAUAAGAGAGAUGGGUCAUUGGCUGCGAAGGGAAAGAAGGAAGAUGGUAUUAAGAAAAGGAAGGUCGAGUUGCCUGUUGAAGAUGGGGAGUCUGGUGGAAAGAAGGAGAAGAAGAGUGGGCUGUUGAAGUUGAAGAAUGGAGAAACAAAGGUGAAGGCUAAGAAAAGCAAGAAAGCAGUGGAAUAAUUCGAUUUAAAAGACCAAAGAAGUUGGAGAUGGUAUUUUGCCCUCUGGAAGAUUUUGUUUUGAGUAUCCAAUACGUAGUAUUUGGUCUCAUGUUCUUUUUCUUAGACUGAAAACUCUGCUACUUGACAUUAUUAACCACUUUCUUCUGUAAUUUGAUUACUUCGAAAAAUUUUGAGUGGUUGAUUUUAUAUUUAAGUUAUUUGUAUUUGCA